ACACGUCCGUCCGCGGGUGUCCGGGGCUGCGCGCGCCAUGGAGCCGCGGUGCCCGCCGCCCUGCGGCUGCUGCGAGCGGCUGGUCCUCAACGUGGCCGGGCUGCGGUUCGAGACGCGGGCGCGCACCCUGAGCCGCUUCCCAGACACGCUGCUCGGGGACCCGGCGCGCCGAAGCCGCUUCUACGACGGCGCGCGCCGAGAAUACUUCUUCGACCGGCACCGGCCCAGCUUCGACGCCGUGCUCUACUACUACCAGUCCGGCGGCCGGCUCCGGCGGCCGGCGCACGUGCCCCUCGACGUCUUCCUGGAGGAGGUGGCCUUCUACGGGCUGGGCGCGGCGGCGCUGGCGCGCCUGCGCGAGGACGAGGGCUGCCCGGUGCCGCCGGAGCGGCCCCUGCCCAGCCGCGCCUUCGCUCGCCAGCUCUGGCUGCUCUUCGAGUUCCCCGAGAGCUCGCAGGCCGCGCGCGUGCUCGCUGUCGUCUCUGUGCUCGUCAUCCUCGUCUCCAUCGUCGUCUUCUGUCUGGAGACGCUGCCCGAUUUCCGCGACGAACGCGACAAGCCACUAGCCGCCGUGGCUGCCGCGGGACCGCUCCCCAGUCGGCUGAAUGGCUCCAGCCCCGUCCCUGGACCCCCAGCUCGCACGCCCUUCGACGACCCGUUUUUCGUGGUGGAGACGCUCUGCAUCUGCUGGUUCUCCUUCGAGUUACUGGUGCGUCUGUUGGUUUGCCCGAGCAAGACAGUCUUCUUCAAGAACGUGAUGAACCUCAUUGAUUUCGUGGCCAUUUUGCCCUACUUUGUGGCUCUGGGCACCGAGCUGGCCCAGCAGCGGGGUGUGGGUCAGCCCGCCAUGUCGUUGGCCAUCCUGCGAGUCAUCCGGCUGGUGCGUGUCUUCCGCAUCUUCAAGCUGUCGCGGCACUCCAAGGGCCUGCAGAUCCUGGGCCAGACGCUGCGGGCCUCCAUGCGUGAGCUGGGCCUCCUCAUCUUCUUCCUCUUCAUCGGCGUGGUCCUCUUCUCCAGCGCCGUCUACUUUGCUGAAGUCGACCGGGAAGACUCCUAUUUCACCAGCAUCCCUGAGUCCUUCUGGUGGGCGGUGGUCACCAUGACCACCGUCGGCUACGGGGACAUGGCGCCCGUCACCGUGGGCGGCAAGAUCGUGGGCUCUCUGUGCGCCAUCGCUGGCGUGCUGACCAUUUCCCUGCCCGUGCCCGUCAUUGUCUCCAACUUCAGCUACUUUUACCACCGAGAGACAGAGGGCGAAGAGGCCGGGAUGUACAGCCACGUGGACACGCAGCCCUGUGGCCCGCUGGAGGGCAAGGUCAAUGGGGGAUUGGUGGAUGGAGAGGUGCCCGAGCUAGCACCUCCCCUCUGGCCACCCCCAGGAAAACACCUGGUCACUGCGGUGUGAGGGAGAGUGGAGGCCGG